AUGGCCGCGUUUAUCAACCUUGAAGAUUCGCCUAUGUUCCACAAACAGGUGCGGUCUUUAGAACAGACAUCAGAUGAGUUAAGAGAUCGAUGCCAAAAGCUGUAUAAAGGAUGUAAAAAAUACACGGAAGUGCUUGGGGCAGCAUUCCAAUGUGAGAUGGACUUUGCAGCAUCGCUAGAAGCAUUUGGUGGUGGUAUUGAUGAUCUUCUAAGCGUAUCCAUUGGAGGUCCAGUUCUAUCAAAAUUUAUUAAUGGUCUGCGUGAGCUUGCCACAUACAAGGAGUUUCUUCGAUCCCAGGUUGAGCAUGUUCUUGUGGGCCGCUUGUCUCAAUUCUUGUCCUUUGAUUUGCAAGAUGCAAAGGAGUGUCGUCGCCGAUUUGACAAGGCCAUUUAUUCAUAUGACCAGGCCCGAGAAAAGUUUGCUUCUUUAAAGAAGACAGCGAAGGACGAAGUUGUUGCUGAACUAGAAGAAGAUCUACACAAUUCAAAAUCAGCAUUUGAGAGAAGCCGCUUUAAUUUGGUAAAUUCCCUCAUGAACAUUGAAGCCAAAAAGAAGUUCGAGUUCUUGGAAUGUUUUAGUGCAAUUAUGGAUGCUCAUCUACGAUACUUCAAAUUGGGGCAUGAUCUAUUGGGACAGAUGGAGCCUUUUAUUCACCAGGUGUUGACGUGUGCACUACAAUCAAAGGAGCAAGCGAUGAUUGAACAGGAUAAACUUGCCAAAAGGAUCCAGGAGUUCAGAACACAAUCAGAACUGAAUCAGUUACAAGCAUGUGGUAAAUUGCCAACUUCAAAUGCUAUUGGCAUGAAUGGAUUUGGAAUGAGUGCUUGUAAAAACACGGAGGCAAUCAUGCUAUCUGCUGCUAAAGGUGAGGUCCAAACUAUCAAGCAGGGUUAUCUUUUAAAGAGAUCAUCAAGCCUGAGAGCAGAUUGGAAGAGGAGAUUCUUUGUACUUGACAGUCAUGGGACUUUAUAUUAUUACCGCAACAAAGGUGCCCAACCAGGGGGUUCUCCUUCAUUUAAUUCUUUCCACUCACUGGAGCAUAAUAAUCGUGUAUUUAGUAGAUUCCGAUCAAGACAACAUCAAGUGUCAUCACUUGGUGAAGACAGUUUCGGCUGUAGUACUGUUGAUCUGCGUACUUCAACAAUUAAGAUUGAUGCUGAGGAUACUGAUCUGCGACUCUGCUUCAGAGUAAUUUCACCAUCUAAAACUUAUACCUUACAGGCCUCGCCAUGGCGAUUCGCCUCGCCACGAUGGGCCAACCGCCUCGCCUCGCCAUUUAAAAAGAAGAGAAAAGAAGAAGAGGAAAAAGGUUUUGGAAAGGAGAAGAAAAGAAGAGAUGAGAGAAAAAUGGGAUGCACGCUGGGAACGAGAAAAAAGGAAGAGAGAAAGAAAGAAAUGGGUUGGAGUUGUGGGCCGUGGGCUGUGAAGAUAUUAAAUUCGUGGGCUUUUCAUGCUUUCAUUUAUUUUAUCAUUUUUAGCGGGUUAGCCCGCCUAGCCUGUGGCCCCGUAAGGUCAGUCACCUUAGACGUGAGAGUUUGGGAACCUACUGUCUUAAAUUUAUUUCAAGCUCUGGGAAAUUCCUACUGUAAUUCUGUCUGGGAGGAGCUGCUACCACUGCAUACAGAUUUAAUAAUAGAGUCUGAAGCUCCCCCCAUUGCGAAACCUCGGCCCAACGAUGCAAUUACCCAGAAGGAGAAGUAUGUUCAAGCAAAGUAUGUCAGGAAACUGCUCGUAAAUCGAGAAGGCAGAGGUCCUGGGGAUCUGUUGGCCUUCACCAUCUGGGAAGCUGUUAGAGCGAACAAUCUGCGGGAAGUAUAUAGGAUCUGUGUAGCAUCAUUAGAUGAGAAUAUAGUCAAUUCUUCUUGUGAUGAGAAAAGUCGGUCGUGUGAUGGUGAUGCGGGAAAUGGACUUGAGGAAUGUUCUUUAUUGCAUUUGGCCUGCCACUGUGGAAGUUUGAUGAUGAUGGAGCUGUUGUUGCAGUUGGGUGCUGAUAUAAACAAGUGUGACCUCCAAGGCCGAACUCCUCUCCAACAUUGCAUCUUGAGCAGAAACAAUGAGAAGGCCAAGUUUCUGCUCAGAAGAGGUGCACGUGCAUCUAUAAAAGAUGCUGGUGGCUUUAGCGCUCUGGAAAGGGCUAUGGAGAUGGGAGCAAUCACUGACGACGAGCUCUUCAUUUUGCUUGCAGAGAGUGAGUGA